AUGUGUCCUUCAUUCAAUGGCCCACCCUGCGGCGAUGAUUUGGCCAGCAUACACACGCGCUACGAGCAAUUUCAGCGGCACGACGAAGACAAGGCCAAAUUCGUAGCCGAGCUCAUCGCAUAUAGUGAGCAACUGGUGCAGAAGUGCCGGAAUGUAACUGCUGAGCGUGAUGAGUACCGCGCAUGGUUCGAGAAAUGGCAACUCGACAAGGACCAUUAUGAACUGUUACUCAGAAACGCACAGCAGAUCAUGUCUGAUAACCCAUUCAUCAUGGUGCUGAUCGACGGCGACGGUAUGAUCUUCCGCGACGACUUUAUCCGCGACGCUGAGGCUGGUGGUCGCCGGGCUGCCUCUUUCCUGCACGAAGCCAUAAACGAUUAUAUCGCGAAUGAUUGCAAAGAUAUCAAACCCCCGGUACGCAUAUACUGCCGCGUCUAUGCGAACGUGAAAGGACUAGCCGAAGUGCUCGUUCGCGCUGGCGUCAUUCAGAGUACCAAGCAGUUCGAGGAUUUUGUGCGUGCAUUCACUCAAUCCAGACCUGAUUUCGAUUUCGUGGACGUGGGUGCGGGUAAAGACCGCGCUGACGAAAAGAUUAUCGAUGCGUUCAAGGGAUUCGCCCCGAUCUUCCAAUGUCGUCGCAUUCUUUUCGGAUGCUCACACGAUAAUGGAUACGCAAGGACUUUAGAAAAGUGUUCCGAUCGCACAGAGAUGGUGAACAAGGUGGUGCUCCUCGAAGGUGUUCCGUUUGAGAAGGAGCUACUCCCGCUGCCAUACAAGACCAAGAAGUUUCCGAAACUGUUUCGAGACAAGAAACUCUCGGUGAUACCGUGGGGGGCGGCUCCCGUGGCGGCUACAGUAGGGACUACCGUGUUUGGUACUCCUUCUCUGACAGCCCCGGUAUUUGUCCCAGGAAGUACAUUCGACCCGAAAGCCGACUCAAAAGCUAGCUCGAACGGCUUGGCGGUUACUGGUCUCCCACCCCGUUUUCCUGCACCUGGGCCUGCAGCCGUACAGCAGCCACCUAGUACGCUCAUGGAUAGCCCUCUGCCCAGCAGAGCCCAGCUGAAUACCUUGCCUCGUACACCGUCAUGCUCGACUAUAACUUCAGAAGAGUUUCCAGCCAUCAAGCCGAGCAUGACGACUUGGGCUAGCAAAGCCGCGGCCCCUCCUCCACCUCAGGCCGCCCCUGUACAGCCUGUAUACAAGGUCGCAGACCGUGAUGAACUGAUUGCUCGCAACCGUGCCGGCCAGCGCGUUGAUCCGCCCUGCAAGGACUAUGACAAAGCCGAAGUGGAUCGUAUUAAGAGGAUGAAACUUUGCAACGUCCACUUCCUUCGCGAGGAAUGUCCGUACGAUAACAAGUGCACGCAUCUUCAUGGCUACCAUCUUACUUCUGACGAGAAGGCCACUCUCCGUCUUGUUGCUCGGAUGGCUCCAUGCAUCUAUGGCAGCGGCUGUGAGGACAACAAGUGUAUCUAUGGCCAUCGAUGUCCAGCACCUCCCAGCAAGACACAUUACGUCAAGGGCACCAAGUCAUGUAUUUUCGGCGAUUUAUGCAAGUUUCCGCCCGAGCUCCAUGAUAUCGACACCACCGUUGUGAAGACGCUGGUCAUACGCCGCUAG